AUGGCCCUAAAAAAAUGCCUUGAGGACGGCACCAACGGGGAGGUUGGAGAAUCCCCUUUCACGAAAAGGCUAGAGGACGAACCAAAACAAAGGCAUAUCAAACAUCUUAACCUGAACCCCUUUGACGGGAUGGGAGACCCUGAGGAACACCUCAGCUACUUUAACCAACUAGCCCUACAUUACGAAUAUCGUGACCUCACUAAGUGCCGUUUCUUCGCCGCUACCCUGAGGGGAAGCGCGCAACGAUGGUUCAGCCGCGUCCCGGCCAGGAGCAUAGACACGUGGGCAGACUUCAAGAGGGCGUUCUUAAACAGAUUCCGGGCCAACCAACCGCAAGAGGUGCAUACCUCCUACUUACAAACAAUCGGACAAAGAGAAGGGGAAUCACUACAAAGCUACAUCAAUCGCUUCAAGGAAGCGGUCAACAAGAUUAUCUGUGUAAACGAAAUAGAGGCCCUUGUCCAUGUGAAAAGGGGGUUGGACCUGUAUGAGUGUGAAAAAUACGUUGUCAAGUUGAUGGAAGUACAACCCACGACCUUAGCCAAAGCAUAUGACCUGGCAUCCCAGGCUGUCACGGAGGCCGAAUCUCUAGCCGUGCUAAAGCGGGCACGCGCCCCGCCCAUCAGCAAUCAGAAGCACUACCCGCGUGAAAGACACACCCCCUAUCAAAAACCCGCGGAACAGAUACGGGUCCAAACCACGCAUGGUCCCGCCAUUAGCAAAAACAAUAACGUGUCCGUGAAGGAUCGUCUAGGCCCCGCGGUGGGUCUCCGACCCGAGAAACGCCCUGAGCCUAAUUGGACUAAAUUUAGCAUGACUCGGUCGGCUCUGUUAAGAGACAUUAGAAACAAGCCGUUUUACCAAGCACCGCCAGCCAUGUGGGCCAACCCGGAGGAUCGAAACAAAGAGCGUCACUGCGAAUACCAUGAGACACAUGGACACUCUACGGACAGCUGCCUCGCACUCAAACAUUUCCUGGAACGACAAGUCAAGGCGGGGAACCUAAACCAAUACCUCCCCCGUGAUUUACCGCCAUCGCCGCCACAAGAUCACCGAGAUGGCCGCAAUGUGGUUAAUCCCGUAUUCGGGGGCACCGUCACGCCACCUGCCCCGGGCGGACCUUCAGUGUAUGCAAUCGCCCAGGGAGAGGUGCACAGCCCCAUAUACUUCACACAUGCAGACUACGAGGGUAUCAACCCGGAUCACAACGAAGCCCUCGUCGUAUCCCUGUUAAUAGCAGAAAAUGAGGUAAAGAGAAUCUUGGUAGAUAAUGGCUCCUCUACGGACAUCUGUUUUCAGCAUACCUGGGAUCGCCUGCGUCUGAGCAACGCGGUCCUCGAACCUUGCCUUGAAGAGACACCUUUGUACGGUUUCGGGCACAAUGUUGUGCCCAUAGCAGGGGUAGCUCAUCUGCCAGUCACCUUCGGUUCACCCCCUCACCAAAUCACCAAGACAAUAAAAUUUUACAUAAUCAACGCAGUCUCCUCAUACAACAUGAUCCUUGGGAGGCCGACCCUAAAUGCCCUCAGAGCGAUCCCCUCAACAUCGCACCUAAAAAUGAAGUUCCCAACUCCCACAGGAAUAGGCGAAAUCAAAGGAGAUUCUGAAACCUCAAAACGAUGUUACGGAAUAGCCCUUGUCCUGGCGGCCACCGAGCCUGGGAACAUCAAGCGGGAAAACACCGACAAACGAAAGCAGGAAAAACGAAAGAAGCGCGUGGAGAGCCUCCAAAGGAAGAACAAGCGACACCGGGAGGUGCAAGUCAUAGAAACACACGAUCCCAUACACGAAGAGCCCCCACGAAUGGACGCCGAGCUCAAAAAGUGCUUAUUACGGGACGAGCAACCUGUGGCAAAACCCGCUGUGGCAACGGAACAAAUCCAGGUGUCCCCUACCGACCCCACGCGAAAAGUUAGCAUUGGGGCCGGCUUGGAGUCAGUAUUCAAAAAGGAGCUUACGAACCUGUUACGAGAGUACGCGGACGUCUUCGCAUGGAGCCCCAAAGACAUGCCCGGUCUCGACGAAUCCGUGGCCAUGCACAAGCUAAGCGUAGAUCCCAAACGGGCCCCGAAAAAACAGAAGCGGCGCAACUUCGCGCCUGACCGCCAGAAAGCAAUCGAUGCAGAAAUAGACAAACUGUUGGACGCAGAUUUAAUCUGCGAAGUCUCAUACCCGGAUUGGGUGGCGAACGUCGUACUCGUAAAGAAAGCCAACGGGAAAUGGCGCAUGUGCGUCGAUUAUACAGACCUCAAUGCAGCGUGCCCUAAGGACCCGUACCCACUGCCAAGCAUCGACCAACUCAUAGACGCAACCGCCGGACAUCUCAUGCUCAGCUUCAUGGACGCAUUCUCAGGAUACAAUCAAAUUAAAAUGGCGCCGGAAGAUUGUGAGAAAACCGCCUUCAUCACGCAUAGAGGAGUAUACUGCUACAAGGUCAUGCCUUUCGGCCUCAUAAACGCGGGCGCCACCUACCAGUGCAUGAUGAAUAAAAUUUUCGCACCACAACUAGGGCGUAACAUGGAAGUCUACGUCGACGACAUGAUCGUCAAAUCCAUGCUCCAGGAAUCACACUUGGCUGACCUACGAGAAUGUUUCGCCAAUCUUAGGCAGCACAACAUGAAACUCAACCCGGACAAAUGCACUUUUGCCUUGGAAGCGGGGAAAUUCUUAGGUUUUCUGGUAAGCCAACGCGGGAUCGAGGCCAACCCGGAAAAAAUCCAGGCCAUCAUUGACAUGCAGCCCCCGAAGACCAUCAAGGACGUUCAAUGCCUCACGGGACGCCUCGCGGCGUUGCGACGGUUCAUAUCAAAGCUGGCAGAGCGGUGUCUUCCAUUUUUCGACACCCUUAAAGGAGCGCUCAAGACCAAGAAGCUUACAUGGACGGACGAAUGUCAAAAAGCCUUCGAGGACCUGAAACAGUACCUAGCAUCCGCACCACUCUUAACGACCGCGUCCCCAAGCGAACCGUUGUCAUUAUGCUUGUCAGUUUCCGACAAAGCCGUGGGGGCGGUCCUCAUCAAGGAGGUAGAAGCGACGCAAAGACCGGUUUAUUAUGUAAGCCAAACACUCAAGGAUGCAGAAACCCGCUACCCCAACACAGAAAAAGCAGCCCUAGCCCUUGUUAUGGCAAGCAGGAAACUCCGCCACUACUUCCAAGGACGAGAAAUCCGAGUCAUCACCAAUCAACCCUUGCGCAAAAUCCUCCACAAGCCCGAGCUGUCAGGACGGCUUAUUAACUGGGCGAUCGAGCUCAGUCAAUUCCACCUCACAUACGUCCCGAGGACCGCGAUCAAAGCACAGGCCCUAGCAGAUUUCGUCGUGGAAUGUAACUUUACCCAGCCAGAGGAGACAACACCGGAAAGCCACACACCCAUCCCGGUCACGGAGGGAUGGAAGCUUUACGUGGAUGGUUCCGCGACCAAUAAUAGGUGCGGAGCCGGGGCGAUACUUAUUAGCCCAGAUGGAUUCUGCAUCAAGCAAGCCCUCCAGCUCAAUUUCAAAGCCACUAACAACCAGGCGGAAUACGAGGCCCUACUCACGGGUCUAGACCUCGCCCUCACUUUGCAACUGCAAAAUCUAAUCAUAUACAGUGACUCCCAGCUAGUAGUACGCCAAACAACAGGUGACUACGCGGUCAAAGAUUCAACAUUAGCCCGCUACCAACAACAAGUACAGACCCGCCUGUCUACAUUCAAAAGCUACCAGCUCCACCAAAUCAACCGCGAAGACAAUUCCAUAGCAGACAGCCUAUCUAAACUUCUAGAGGGGGAAUACACAACAGCGGAUGGUCCCGUAUAUUUCUUAUCCCUCCCACAUCCCUCCAUAGAGCCAAAGGAACAAUUCAACAUCACUCUCGACGAAGACAACUGGAUGACCCCGCUCAUCGCCUACAUCCGCCACGGGACCCUCCCAACGGACCAUAGCAAAGCCAGGCAGGUCAAGGCACACGCAGCCAAGUUUUUCCUACAAGACAACAUCCUCUACCGUCGAAACUUCGACUCACCCAUUCUCAAGUGUGUUGAUGAUGAUGAGGCAACAUAUUGCAUGAGGGAGGUCCACGAGGGCAUAUGCGGAGAUCACAUGGCGGGCAAAGCUCUCACACACAAAAUCUUACGCCAGGGUUACUACUGGCCAACCAUGGCAAAGGACUGUAAAGCAUUCGUCAGGGCGUGUCACCAAUGCCAGCUCUUCAGCAAUGUUCCGCGCACAGCCCCCGCGGUACCCGUUUCCAUACUUUCCCCCAUCCCAUUUGCCGUAUGGGGGAUCGACAUUAUGGGACCAUUCCCCAAGGCUCGCGGAGAACUCCAAUUCGUGAUGGUGGCCAUCGAUUACAUGACAAAAUGGGCAGAAGCCAAGGCACUCAGGACCAUUACUCAAGAGGACGCAAUCAGAUUUGUCCGCAACCAGAUAAUCACCCGUUUUGGUAUCCCCACAACCCUCAUCUUUGAUAACAGGACACAAUUUGUGGGUAAGAAGUUCACAACCUUCCUCUCCGAUCACGGGAUCAAACACAAAAAAGCAUCAGUCUGCCACCCGCAAAGUAACGGGCAAGUAGAAGUCACCAACCGCAUUAUUCUUCGCGGGCUCAAAAAAACCCUUACAGAAUCCAAGAAAAAAUGGCCAGAGCACCUACCUCAAGUCUUAUGCUCUUACCGCACCACACAAAAAACAAGCACGGGAGAAACACCGUUUAAACUAGCCUUCGGCGCAGAGGCACUAGCACCAGUCGAAAUAGGGUCACCUUCCUUCCGUCUGCAAAAUUUCAACAUCAAUGAUAGCAUUGAGGGAAUGCGGACCAACUUGGAGCUACUUGAUGAAGUACGAGCGGAGGCGGUACAGAAAAUGGAGCUCUACAAAGAAAAGACAAGGGAUUUCUUCGGAAAAAGGGUCCGAAUGCGGGCAUUUCAGGUGGGCGAUUUGGUCAACCGAGCAACCGAGGCAUCAGACCCACGCCACACGGGCAAGCUCAUGCCUAAGUGGGAAGGUCCAUACAAAAUCGCACAAAUCAUCCGUCCCGGCUCCUACAAGUUAUCCCGCCUAGAUGGCACGGAGGUCAACAAUACUUGGCACGCAGAGAAGCUCAAGAAAUAUUAUCAGUAG